AUGGAGCCGAAGUGUAAACUAAAAAGACAAGAUGGUGAACCAUUUGUUGAUGCCACUGAGUAUAGAAGAAUUAUCGGCAGCUUGAGGUACUUGGUAAACACACGUCCAGAUCUUGCGUACUCCGUUGGUGUUGUCAGCAGAUACAUGGACACACCAACGGUGACACAUAUGAAUGCUGUGAAACAGAUACUGAGGUAUGUGAGAGGCACUAUUGGAAUGGGAAUUGUCUACAAAAAGAAUCAAGAAAAAGAAGAACUUGUAGGCUUCAGUGAUAGUGAUCUUGCAGGAGAUACGGAUGACAGGAAGAGUACUUCAGGGAUUAUAUUCUUUAUUGGAGAAAGCCCAAUCACAUGGGUCUCUCACAAGCAAAGAAUAGUUGUGUUAUCUUCUUGUGAAGCUGAGUACAUAGCGGCAACAGGUGGAGCUUGUCAAGGGUUAUGGCUCAAAAAAAUAAUUGCAGAAUUGAGAGGUGAUGAUAAAGUCAAACCAGUGUUGAAGGUUGACAACAAAUCAGCCAUAUCACUAGCCAAUAAUCCGGUCUUUCACGAAAGAAGUAAGCAUAUUGACACAAGAAUUCAUUUUAUUCGUGAUUGUGUUCAAUGUGGAGAUAUACAGCUUGAAUAUGUAAAGACUGAAGAACAGGUUGCUGAUUUGUUAACAAAACCGUUAGCACGGCAGAGGUUCAAUGAGCUGAGAGAUAGAAUUGGUGUUAAACAAGUUUAA